UCCUGUUUGCCUCGCUCAACAACACCAACGACAUGAGUUCGACGUUAUUGAAAAUGCAGUGGAAGAGGAUAGGAAACACAUCAUGUCGAACGUCGACACCAUCAAGGAAAAGGCAAACUUGUUUCGAGCAGAGAUUAGAAACCUGGACAAAACAUCUGAAGAUGUGGAAAUGAUUAUUGCAGUCGCUAAACAAGAAGUGUCAGAGGCAGCUGAACACGUGAUCACAAAGACGCGACAACAACAAAAACAACUAUUAGAGUCCCUAGAAAUGACGCGUAGAAAGAGAAUAGAGCGAAUCAACUCGGCUAAAAAAGAACUCGAAUCUCUGGUAAAACAAAUGAACCAAGCAGCUGAAUUUGCAGAGAAUCUGGUACAGAGAAGCUCGGGCUUCGAUAUUAUACAGACAAAGACAACUUUCACACACAAAUUUGAAGAGUUUCGUGGAGUUGAAGUUCCAAAACAUGACCAGAAUACAUUUGUCAAAUUUACCGUAGCAUCGCAACAAGACUUAAAACUGGGAUUUAUUCAAUUCACCGAGGUACCGGCAAACGCAGCUAAAUCAACUCUGGAAGGACUGGAUCAAUCAUUUCAGGCCGGUGUACAAGCCGAGUUUACGUUAUGUCCAAAAACUUCUGGUGGAGAGAUUAGUUACCAGGCUGAUCUCAAAGAUCACGUUGAAUUGCUGAUAGAACCCGCCAAUGACGUAACAAACGUAAUUGUCCAAGAAAAAGAAGAUGGUAACAUUAGGCUGAAGUUCACACCCAAAGUGCCUGGCGUCUACAGUGCUGAAAUGAAGAUCAAUGGCGAAAAGCUUGUACCCAGUCCGUUCACUUUCCCAGUGAAAGAACGUGAACUUGUAGUAGUCGGUGAGUUGGAUUUGAAGUUUAACCAAGGGCAGGCGUUGCAGGAACCAACUGGAAUUGCAGUAAACAGGCAAGGAGACAUAGCUGUUGUAGAUAAUCUUGGACACUGUGUUUUUGUAUUCAAUAAAGAAGGGAACUGUUUGAGACAAAUUGGAAAAGAAGGAACAGGUCCUGGACAAUUUAAAUAUCCAACUGCGGUGUCGUUUUUUAACGACAACGAAAUUCUUGUGGCAGAUACACUUAAUCACAGAAUUCAACUCAUCAAUAUACAGACUGGUACUGUUGUAAACGUCUUUGGACAAGAAGGUGAGGGAAAAGGACACUUAAAGAUUCCAGUUAGUCUUUGCUUUGACGAGACAGAACGUAUUGUUGUCACUGAAUUCGAAAAUCAGAGAGUUCAAGUUAUGUCAAAAGAGGGCGAAACUAUAUUCACAAUAGGAGACAGUGGUCCAGAGAGACUCAGUAAACCACACAGCUGUAUUCCUUACAAAAACAUUUUCCU